GAAAUAAGACCACGAAAGUGUCGCUGACGUCAUACUGUCGAACCUGUUGAGGACUACUUUUUAUGACGUAAAUGAGGAAAAGGCGGUAGUAUCAUAUUUUCCUUCUUUUUUUUUCUUUUCUGAAAUUUUGUUUUUCAUAAUAUUUGUAUGAGAUUGUUUAUAUGACAAUGGCAGUUAUAAAGAAGGUAUGUCCGUAAAUUUGGAAUUCACACAACGUAAUGUUGAGUGUAAUGAUAUAGCACUUUUUUUAGAUCUCAACGAAAGACAAAAAAGGGCCUCCAAUUAGACGAGUUUUCAAAGCAAAUGUGGGUAAUUUGAUCUUUAAAUUGGCAUAUUUAGAUGAGUUUUUGUAUAUAGUCUCUCCCUAAAGUUAUUUAGGGCCGCUUUUUGUAAGACAGACUAGUUGCCAAUCCAGGCGUAGGAAUAAGUUCGCAUGAAUACUAAAAAUACCAAAGUAAUUUCCACAACCCAAAAUAGAUCUCUUCAACGAUACAUCCGUGCCUGCCUCUACAUUUUACUGGACAGUAAAAAUAGACAAGCUCGGAUAUUUUUAUUCAUCUCGUGGCUUUGUUUUGGCUUAUUUUGGAAAGUGACCAUUCACACAAGACAAAAUGGGAAGAAAGAAGAUUCAGAUUGCUCGCAUCAAUGACGAGAGGAACAGACAGGUGACGUUUACCAAACGCAAAUUCGGCUUGAUGAAGAAGGCGUAUGAGCUGAGUGUGCUAUGUGACUGUGAGAUAGCCCUCAUCAUCUUUACUAGCAACAACAAGCUGUACCAGUACGCCAGCUCUGACAUGGACAAAGUGCUUCUUAAGUACACUGAGUACAAUGACUCUGUGGUGAGCCAGACAAACAAAGAUAUUGUUGAUAUGCUGAGCAAGAAGGAAAACAAAGGUGGCGACGCUGAUGGGGAUGAGGACGAUUUUCCAAUUUCUCCCCGCACUGAUGAAAAUUACAGAAAGAUUGAUGCAGCCUUUGCGAGAGCAAUGAAUGAUGGAGGAAUGAAGACUCAACAGAUUCAGUAUCAGCUGCCAGGUCAGGUGCCCACCAGUCAGUACACAGCUACGCCAGCUAGUAUUGCCAGUGGUGGCUCUGUGAUCGUCUUGCAGCCUCCAACCGGACCCAUCGCUCACUCUGUGCCCAGCCCCUCAGGCAGUAGAGUGAGCCCAGUCCAAGCUAGCACCUCGGUGUUGUCAUCUGGCCAAGUGUCACACACGGUCAGUGCCACCCAGCCUGUGCCCAUUGCCUUACAUCAUGUAGGAGAGGUGCAGCAGCAGACAAUAUCUGUUGCAGGAGCCUCCACAUCCUCACAUCCCUCUGGAACCCCAACGUCUGCGAAGAAACACGGCCUUAAAGUAGUGAUACCUGAGAGACCCCCGGCUGUUGGACAACCUCGAGCUCAACCUGGAACAGCACUUGACACUCCAAAUGUAUCUAUUGCAACACCAAACCAAGGCGGACCACAUGGAGCAAUACAGGCUAUUCUUUCAUCAGCUUCUUUUUCAGGUGAUUUGCUGAACAGUGCAGACAUAGCCGGAUUAUCCCCCUUGGUCUAUCAGUUGAGCAGUGCAGGGGCAGGACCUGGUCCCCUCACUGCUGCUCUACAAGCCUCAGGCGUCACUUUCACUCCGGGAGGCUCUGUGACUUUGUCUGGCACACCUACAACCAUCAGCAUUCCUUUACAACAACAGAAAGGAGGACUAGUGAAACAGGAACCAGGCUCCCCUCACAAGCCUGAGCAGAUUGUUGCUGGAUCAUCCGUCACCCCUCCUCCCAACCAACCAUCGCCUGCCCCGCCCGGGGGAGAUGACGAGCCUCCCUCCAAGGCACCGCGGCUUGACACAGACAGUUAGGUGUGAGUGUCAAUCAGGUGUCACAGAUCAUCAGUGAUUCUUGAUGUUGUAUUGUGUCUUGUUGUACUCACUGUCACUGGAAGGGAAAGGAAAUCUUCCGGAGAUCAACUCACUGGGACCUGCAGCAGUCAUUUUACAGAAAUAUAUUGCCACGCUGUAGCUCCUCAACGUAGAGCCUGUGAUAGGGGCUGUUAUAGCCAUUUCAGGACCUCUGUAAAGGGAAUGAUUGUACAGACUGAAAACAAAGGCAGGAAAGUAGUUAUGCUUUGUGGAAGGGACAAUGUUGAGGGGACAGGGGGUCAUAAACUAAAUAUGAAGAGUCGCCGC